AUGGCUGACGCUACUUUGACCUCUUCCACUCAAAAGGGGGCUGAUAUUGCCUCUAAGGAAAGUAAAUCCAAGAAGCCCAACUCUAUCUCCUCGUCAAAUGUGCCGACGAAGCUGGCAUCACUGAUUCUAUCUCCUACCGACGCCAAACAACCUACUUCGCCCAAACAGAUCAGCUCAGACAUGACGGAGGAGAAUAAGGAUCCAGAAGCACAGAAUCUACCAAAAGAAGCCCAAUGUGUUCCAGGAACCAAGGAGAAACAACUUUUACCCACAGUCCAAGAUGCUUUGCCUCCGAAGAAGCCACCAUCCCUGAGCAUUCGAUCAGCUAGUAACCAGAAACAUCAAUCGUUCAGUCCUGUACAAUCCCCUACAUCCCGUGCCGCCAGCGUUCAAUUUCGAGAUACCGAUAAUGAAGCUCCUGAAGUGACACAAACACGUGCGCAUUCCCGACCUGCGUCCCUAAAUGGUGAUGAUGGGGUCCAUAAUACUAAGGGGAAACAGUCCUUUAUGAACAAGAUUAAGUCCUCAUUUGUGUCACACUCAUAUUCCGGUUCCACCAACGGACUAGCGAUGGGCGACUUUCGGACACCCCCUGCUGAUCUGAUGACUCCGGGCUCUGAACGGGGUGAAUUUCCCUUCCCUGAGCCAUUGCCGGAAGAAGGGAGCGACAUUGAUGCUGAUGCGGAGGAGAGUGGCGGCGAACAGCGUGAUCGCCCCAAAAAGAAAAGGAUCCUGCGGCGUCGACAGACCCAGGAAGAAGAGACUGGGAAUCGCACUGCUCCUACGACACCCAAAACUCCACGCAGACCUUCAUUCCACUUUUCCUCGUCUUUCGCCCCUUUUGAAAACUAUCGUGCAAAUAUCUUCCCUCGAAGAGCUAGCACUACAGACUUCGCGCCUCAGCCACAGCGAGAAGGUGUCUCUGAGGACGAGGGCCGCGAAAGACUCAAUCGAUGGAAAAGGAGUGCUGCUUGGGCUGGGAACCGUGGCUUGACAUACUCGGGAAGGCCACAUGAACAGAAUCAGGACGAGCGACGACCGAGCAAUUUGAGACGACUGACUGGCCUCGCUGGGCCCUCCGAGAACCCGGAAAGUCUAGCGUUCGCAUGGAAACGUCACCGUGGAGAACGAGGAACUAGCACUAGCGGUCAGCGAUGGAGACAGAUCAAAGCUGGCUUGAAGCUGAUUGGGCGGCGCAAGGGCGAGAGUGCAAUUGACAAUAAAAAGUCGGCAGAAUUGCUAGCUGAGCUGGCCUCAGGAGUGCCCGCAGCGUUGAUUCUAGCUAGUUUCUUCCAGCGGGACGAACACGGAAGUAAACGUAUUCCGAUUCUCCUAGAACAGCUGAAGGUUCGUGUCACAGACAGCCGCAUCGACUCUCAUUCGGGCGAUCGUCAUCUGGUGUUCAGGGUCGAGCUAGAGUAUGGUAGUGGCAUCACUCGAAUGAAGUGGAUCAUCUUCCGAACUCUGAAGGAUUUUGCCAAUCUACACUUGAAGUACAAGCUUCAUCUUGGAACUCAAAAGUACAUCCAGCUGCGGACGAGCGAGAAUAGUCCCGAUAUUCCUCGCUUCCCUAGGAGUGCUUUCCCGUAUUUGAGAGGUGUCCGUGGCCUGGAAAGCGAGUUUGAGGAUGAGGACGAAGAUGGGGCAUAUGAGACUGGCCCAGAGCCAUUGAGUGGCACAGAAAGACCAGGAAAGAAGAAGCAGCGUCGGCCUUCUGCUGCUCUCACUCGCAGAAAAUCCAGCAUCACCAACCAAGAGGGGGAGGCCGUUGUGGGUGGUGAAGGGAUGAGCAGCAAGAGAGAAACUUAUCCAGAAAGACAGCGAAAAAAGCUCGAAAUGUACUUGCAAAAGAUGAUUCGCUUUUUAAUCUUCCGAGCAGACAGCAACCGUCUCUGCAAGUUCCUGGAACUCUCUGCACUUGGAGUCCGUCUUGCAGCGGAAGGUAGCUACCAUGGAAAGGAGGGCUUUUUGAUCAUUCAAUCAUCCAAGGGUCUUGACUUCCGAAGAGCCCUGACUCCUUCGCUCGUCAAGAAGAGACACUGGCCCAAGUGGUUCCUUGUACGGCACAGCUAUGUGGUCUGCGUUGACUCACCUGAGGAGAUGAAUAUCUAUGAUGUGUUCCUCGUGGAUCCCUGGUUCAAGAUCCAAACCCACAAGAUGAGCAUCGGCAACCAAAAGACAAAACAGCUGGCCAAGUCAGCAAAGGAGUCAGCGAGACAUCCCAAGCAUCAUCAGUUGCGGCUCGAGAACUCUGAGCGCAAGUUGAAGCUACUAGCCCGAAACGAACGCCAUCUUCAGCAGUUUGAAGACUCAAUUCGCCUCAUGGCUGAAAACACCCCCUGGAUACAUCCCAAUCGGUUUGAUAGCUUUGCCCCAGUGCGACAAAAGUGCUUUGCGCAAUGGCUGGUCGACGCACGAGACUACAUGUGGGUUGUGUCAAGAGCGAUAAACCAGGCAAAGGACGUCAUUUACAUUCAUGACUGGUGGUUGAGUCCGGAGUUAUACAUGCGACGACCUGCUGCUAUCAGUCAAAAGUGGCGAUUGGAUCGUCUCUUACAGCAGAAGGCUCGCGAAGGAGUGAAGAUCUUUAUCAUUAUGUACCGAAACAUCAACUCCGCCAUCCCCAUUGAUUCAGAAUACUCAAAGUUUUCGCUUCUCGAACUCCAUCCAAACGUUUUUGUCCAGAGAUCACCAAAUCAGUUCCGUCAAAACACCUUCUUCUGGGCUCAUCACGAGAAGCUUUGCCUUAUUGAUCACACUUUGGCUUUUGUUGGAGGAAUCGAUCUGUGCUUCGGACGUUGGGAUACACCUCAGCACUUGCUGACGGAUGAUAAACCUACUGGCUUUGAAACCACAGAUAUGCCCAAAGACGCAGAUAAUUGCCAGCUCUGGCCGGGCAAGGACUAUUCGAACCCACGUAUUCAAGAUUUCUACGAUUUAGACAAGCCAUAUGAAGAAAUGUAUGACCGCAACGUUGUGCCUCGAAUGCCCUGGCAUGACAUUUCAAUGCAAGUGGUGGGUCAACCUGCACGAGACCUUGCCAGACACUUCGUCCAACGCUGGAAUUACAUCUUGCGCCAACGGAAGCCAACCCGACCAACACCGUUCCUCCUGCCACCCCCGGACUUUAUUCCAGGCGAUCUGGAGGCUCUGGGUCUGGAUGGAACUUGCGAGGUUCAGGUUCUGCGAUCCAGCAGUAUUUGGUCGACCGGUACACCCGAUGUCACGGAACAUAGCAUCAUGAAUGCCUAUGUCAAACUGAUUGAGGAAUCCGAACACUUCGUCUACAUUGAAAAUCAGUUCUUCAUCACUACUUGCGAAAUCGAAGGCCGGAAGAUUGAGAACUUGAUCGGAGAUGCGCUUGUGGAACGUAUCGUUCGAGCAGCCAAGAAUGGCGAGGCAUGGAGGGCUGUCAUAGUUAUUCCCUUGAUGCCAGGCUUCCAAAACACUGUGGACAGCGAGGGCGGCACCAGCGUGCGUCUGAUCAUGCAAUGUCAAUAUCGCAGUAUUUGCCGUGGCGAGACUUCCAUCUUCGGUCGUCUAGGUGCAUUGGGUAUCGAUCCAGAGGACUAUAUCCAAUUCUUCAGCUUACGAACAUGGGGAAAGAUUGGACCGAGAAAUCAACUGGUAACAGAGCAGCUCUACAUCCAUGCAAAAUGUAUGGUCGUGGACGAUCGUGCUGCCAUCAUUGGAUCCGCAAACAUCAAUGAACGAUCCAUGUUGGGAUCGCGCGACUCGGAAGUAGCAGCCAUUGUGCGAGAUACCGACAUGAUCUCGUCUACCAUGAACGGCAAGCCCUAUCUGGUUGGGCGAUUCCCGCAUACUCUUCGUAUGCGCCUGAUGCGAGAGCACCUUGGAAUCGAUGUUGAUGAGCUCAUGGAGCAUGACAUUGAAACUGAAGAAGAGCUGCGUAAGAUUCAGGCUGCCGAAGAGGGAUCUCGACCCGCGGGCACGAGAGACCCACCAGAUUCGGAAUUCUCAGUCAAUGAGCGACAGGAUGAGCGUGAGAUGGUUGAACGUCGGCACCGCAUCCAGGACGAGUUCCUCUCGCGUUCAGAGGGCAUAUACAGUUUCAAUCAUGACGUUGACUGGGAGCAGGGCAACAACCCCAACCUCAAAAGCAACCGAAGACUCACCACCGACCCGCGUGUCACGGAUAACCACGAUCACAAAAUGGAUGUGGAUGGGGAAGGAUUUGAUAAGAAGAAAGCCGCCCAACAAGCCGGCUUAAUCGUGGGUCGAGACUCGCAGAUGACACCAGAUGGCAAAGAAAGACUUCUUUCCCCAAUCGCUCCAGAAGGCAAAGGCACUGUUGAGCAGCCGAAAAAAGUAUCGUCACAAAAGCUGCCUCGGAACUUGUCAGCAUCCGUAGCCGACGCACCGCGUGACUCGGAGGCCAAAACAAGCUCUGAUACACCGUCACAGGGCCAUGAGGCAUCCGGCUCAUCAAGCCGUGAAUCAGAGACGGACAGUAAUGGGGUGUUCACGGAUAGCUUCAGCCAACAGAUCCCUAUUGACAAGGAUUGCAUGAAAGAUCCCCUGAAGGAUGGUUUCUAUUUGGACACCUGGCAAGCCGUUGCUGACAAGAACACAAAAAUCUACCGGUCCGUUUUCCGAUGUAUGCCUGACAACGAGGUGAAGAACUGGAAGGAAUACAAAGAGUAUGCUGCAUAUGGAGAACGCUUUGCGGAAUUGCAGAGCCAGAAAAGCGCCCAUGGUCAUACUGCUUCUAGCCCGAAGCCUCCUGCCCAUAACCAAAAACCAGCGGGUCCCCCAGGAACCGGUUCAUCAGCUGUGGCUUCACUCCUCAGUUCGCCUAUCCUCAGCUCACCGAUAUCCCUCCUCGGUCCCAAGACAGAAGGUGCAGCGACAGAAAAAUCCCCACAGUCGAACGAUGAAAAGACUGGGCUAAGGACCGUUGAUUUUACUACAACUGAGUCCGAUCGACCACAUUCCGCCAUUGGCGAGAAGUCAGCAUCGGUUCCGAAUUUGUCAGGAGCGAACGGCAACGUUGAUGAUAACACUGAUGCAGAAAAGGAUGCAGAAAAGCCCCGCUCAAACUCGACGCAGGUUGAACCGGAGAUAGUAAACCCUCCUGCAUCUCAACCUCGGAGGCGCCGACGGAGAGGAACGACCAUUGGAUCCAAAAGAGAAUUCCAUGCUGCAGACGAGAUUAUUGAUAACCAACGCGCAGAGGACAUGCUGAACAGGACCCAAGGUCACCUCAUCCUCUGGCCAUAUGACUGGCUUGAGAAAGAAGAACAGGGUGGAAACUGGCUUUACGCCCUGGAUCAAAUUUCCCCUCUCGAAAUCUACAACUGA